AAUCUGUUGCUGUGCUCCCGAGCGUUCGGACGUGUGUACGCCGUUGUUUUGCACGACUUUUCCGCGAUGAAAUGUUGCCGUGUCUAAUAAAUGCUCCCAAGCAACUAGCAGCACCGUCUGUCUGAACCGUCAACCGAACGGAACAAAUAGUCCUGCCGGAACAAGUGUGUGUGUGUGUGCGUUGUUUAAGGAGUGUGUAUGUGUGUUUUGAUUCGGUUGUCGGUUGCAUCGUCUCACUGCAGCAAGUGUUGUUUGCCGUUUGUUUUCGUUUUCGUCCCUUUUCGCCCGUGGCCUCCCCUCCAAGCCGUGUGCGUUAUCCGGUGUCGGUGUUUUGGUUGCGUGCAUUCGUCGUUGCUUCUUUACCUGCCCCCAUGGUGCACCGUGUAUUUGUUCAGUCGUUAAUGCACCAAAGCACGGCCCGGUUUGUUACCUGUUUUAAAGAGCAUAAUCAUAAAAGGUGAAUAGCUGGAUUGCUAUAGCCUCGUCACCGAUCCCAUCCGCUUUACCGUUCACGUGUGUGUGUUUGUGUGAAGAAGUGAAAAAAAUAUUCCAUAAAAAAGGAGGCGAUGCCCUUUUCAAACGUGAUACGUGCGCGCGUGUGUGUGUGUUGAUGUGUACAUAGGUGUUUUGAGAUCUUCGAUCGUGUCGAAGAAAAAAAAAAGGUGUAAAACCGAUCGAAGGUCUAAGGGGUGUUUUUUUCUUGUUUUAAUCAAGUGUGAUCGAUCUGUCAAAAUAGUGGUGCCGUGUUUAAAUUUAUGUGUUUAUUUCAUCCAUUUGUUUUAUCUUUCCAUGUUUAAGAGUGUUUAAGUAACAACAAAAAAGAAAAGGAAGAAAAUAUUCAUGUUUGUAAAGUGUUUUUAUGUUGUUUUCAAAGUGCAAUUGUUAAUGUGAAUGAUAGCACCAAUCGGUGGUUCUUUGGUGGCGUAGUGCAGUGUUUUUUUUUGUUGCAAAUUUCAAGUGUAUCAUAAUCGAAAAUCGAUUCGAAAAACGGUCAUCAUCAUCAUGUUGGUGUAAUCAACGUCAGCAAAAGGGUGCCAUUACGGUAGAUCAUAGCUUGAUGUUGAUCCAGCAGGUCCCCAGCGUGACUGCCGUCCGGCCACACCAUACGAACGAUCCGCGCACCUGUCCUGACAUGAGCGUCCUCGCCGGCAUAACGUAGUGUUUGUGUUGCAGGGCGACGUGGGGCUUUUUGGUGUAAGUGUGCAAGCAGUGCGAGUUCCGGCUUCCGGAAGCAAAACGCAAACGAGACGGACGACGUGACGCUUCCGUUCCUCAUGACGACCACCAGAGGAACGACGCAAAGAACUGACAUUUUACUGUGUGUGACUAUCGGCGACGGGCUUUCUGGUGGGCACGGUAUACUGGUGGACGUGUUGUAAACCCACCAGCAGCCGAGGGCUGCGAACGAAAACAACUUCCCAUCGUCGGUAGCGUUCCUUUCCGCGGCUCAUCGAACCGAUAUCGGCAGCGGAAGUCCGGGACUGACGUUCCUGGCAAAACGUCAAAACCAUCAUCGUUAACAUCGUUCGGCAGUAACGGUACAGGGUAGCGAUAGGUGACACGGCGUCUUCCCAUACCGGAAGGCCAUCAACAGUGGAGGUGCCCCCGAUACGACCGGGCACCCGUUCGGUGCGAUGGAGCUGAAGGUAUGGGUCGAAGGAAUACAACGUAUCGUGUGCGGAGUCACGGAAGUCACCACGUGUCAGGAUGUCGUGUUUGCAUUGGCACACGCCACCGGCAAAACGGGACGCUUUACGCUUAUCGAACGGUGGCGCAAUAACGAGCGUUUACUCGCACCACAUGAAAACCCGCUCAAGAUCCUGAUGAAAUGGGGCGAAUACUCAAGCGAUGUACAGUUCAUACUGCAACGUUCCGAUCAGCAGCAACAGCAGAAGAAAGAUGCGCAACAGCAGCAGCAACAGCAACAUCAAACGCCUCCAACAACGCAGACUCCAACACAGUCGCAGCAGCAGUUACUUCGCCAGCAGCAGAAACUAAAUCAACUCAACAACAAUCAUAUCGGUGCGACGAAUGGUGUUGUUACAAAUGGGAAACAUAGUGGACCAACCUCACCCACAAGCCCGACAAGCGGCAACAACAAUGGCAGUUCACUCAUCCCGAACGGCGUUCUUAGCACGCAUAACCAUAUCAACAGCAAUAACAACAUUAGCAGCCAUCAUUAUGCGCACCAUCCGAGCAAUGGUGACGAGCAGCAGCAACAACAGCAUGCGAAGAGCAAACUUCAUCAAAAUAAUCUAAAAAAUAGCGCCAACAACCAACUUCACCAACACGCCCAACACCACCACCAACAGGCACAUCACCAUCAGCAUCAGCUAUCCUCAUCAUCCACCUCGUCCGACCAGCAGCAACGGUCGCAUCAACAGUCGAACGGUGUCGGUGCGUUAAUUCGAACCGGAAAUGAUCCUUCAAAUGGGUCGGUCGGCCCAGGUGUGGCAGCGGCAGUGAAGCAAUCGGAAUUGAUCAUCUCAAGCAGCAAUGGUAGCAGCAGUACGGCCGGUGCCCUGGAGCGUGGCAAGGAAACGAGGAAAAGUCUCAAUUCGUCCGGAUCAAGCGGAAAGACGGAACAGCAUCAUCAUCAUCAUGUGCAGCAGCAGCUGCAGCACCAUCAGCAAUCUCAGAAACAUCAAGCGCAGACAAACCAGCAGAACCAAAACGUUGGCAUCGUGCGGGGCAUUGUCCAGCACCAGCAAAAGUUCAGCCACGUGCAGCGACAUUCGCCCAGCUCGACGACGGUCACGCUAGCGAAGGGUGGCGUCUCCACGACGGUGUCGAGUGACCACAGCAGUAGCAGCAAUAGUAGCACCAGCAGCAGUGUAAGUAGUACCGCCAGCUCGAGCUCGAAUGCAUCCUCAAACAAUACCAGCACGAGCAGUGGCAUCGGUGGCAGUGGAGGCAGCGGUGCAUCCGGAACUAGUGGCCAUCAUCAAAGUCAUUCAACGCAGCAGCAGCAGCAACCAACCGGCAAGACGACACCGGUCGAGGCAACGUAUGCAAGCGUGAUCAAGAAACCGAAAUCACACGCUACGGCACAGGCCAGCACGAAUGCCAGCACUGCCACUGCCGGCGGUAACAAUGUGGUCGGUGAAUUUAAUGCAGCCGAUUUGCGCAGUUCACUUGACCGCAAGGUGAACGGGCUCGUGUUUAGCAAUGGGUUAAACGAGCGCGUAACGCAACCACCGUCGACGUCUCCGUCGGGUGGGAUGGCCGGACCGCAACAAUCACCCGGCACGAGCGUUAUCGUCGGUGCGACACUGAAACCCGAACAUCAGCUACUGCACCAUCAUCAUCAUGGGACGAUCGGACGGCACUACCAUCAUACGCAGCUCCAGAAUCUGCUCUGCGCGGACAAUCAGCAACAUCUGGACACGAGCAGUGUCAGCAGUAUCAGCAGCUCGAGCGUUGGUGGAGGCAACAACUCGAGCAACCAUGUGUCACUCCUGAACGGUAGUAGCUCCACGACCAACUCACCCAUCACGGGCAUCUCCUCGAAUGGGGCGUUAGUGCCACCUCCGUAUCGAGAUCCACCACCGCCCCGAAACAGUCCACUAUCGCACACGCUGACCAGUCUCAGCAGUACCGGCAGUGGAACGGGGAGCAGCACGCAGGGUAGACGCCAGGAGAAGGAUGGUAGUAACCACACCGGUGGCGGCGGAUCAUCAUCGGCUUCUUCGACCGUUUCCUCGCUGGUGGUGGUUGGACCGAGCGGACCGGAAGAGAUACUGGUGGGAAGUAGCGUAAGCGACAGUAUACCGCACGUGACCGGCUAUCGGGAGCUGAUGCAGCUUAUCAAGUUACAGCGCGAGAAAAUCAAUACCCAGCAGGCGGACCUGUCCAAGUACGAUACGGAGAUUGUCUAUCUGGAGAACCGUAGCCGGGAGCAGACCGAUCAGCUCGAUGCGAUCGCGCAAGAGAUCAGCAAGACGGAGCAGCAGUACCGGCAGGCGGGCGAUCAGCUGCAGGCGUACCAGUACGUCGAGGAGGAAAGUGAGCUGGUGCGGCAGCAGGAGAAGACCCUGAAGUCGGAGAUAACGCUGCUGCGUUCGAAGCUGGCCAACUGUGAGACGGAGCUGCUGCAGUGCAAGAACAAGAUCCGGCUGCUGAUGGACGAAAUAUUGGUGGAGCAGCGCAAGUAUAGUCGACAGUACGAUCCGAACCGACAACAGCUGUUGGAGCGGGCUCUAAUGUGUGAAGUUGACAGGCUGCAGGUGGAGAUCGACCUGGCGGUCCAGAGCGCGGACCAGGCGAACAAGGCGCACGAGAAGCUGAAGGGCGAGGUGACGCUGCUCGAGGGUGCGAUCGCGGACAAGAAGAAGCAGGUCGAGAAGCUGGUGCACGAGAUGAAGGAGGUCAAUCUGCAGAGCUUGGCGGUGGUACCGCCCGCGGACGAGGUGCGCCACCUACUGGAAGGUGAGUCCGAGUUUGGCUCGGUAAAACCUGGCAGUACUCGCCGCAUGAUUGGAUCCCCGAGGCAGCUGGAAAAUGCGGUCCCGACCAGUAAAAACCCUCACGGUGUAUGGGUUUAGGAGGUGCAAAUGUGUCUACCAACCACCAGUUGCCGGCGCGGACGGACCGGGACUGCUUGAGGGACAGCAACCACAGCCCCAACACAGCACACACACACACAGGCGGAUAUUAUUCUUGUAAUCAAAAUGAUGGUAACCAUUCUCAAAUGUGAUAAUCGUUGGUAAGAGAGAGAGAGAGACGAUGCGGCGUACAGUGCAAAAAGAAAAAGAAAAUGGAGAAACAUUAAGCGGUAAAAAAGCGUUUAGGAACGCGAAAUCAGACGAAAGCAGAUGCUGAAUGAGUAGAAAAAAAACACGGAAAAAUAUUAAAAAAAUACAUAUGCUCACACACACAAACACACACGUGUGCGUGGAAAUAGCUUCCCUUCUUCGCUUAUCUCUCCUUCCUUUUAUUGCCUCCCGAGCAAAAAGGACUUCCUUUGCGUGCCACCGUUUCCGAAAGUAUGUUGGUUAAGCUGAACCAUCAUAUCAACGGAAAGCUGUGGAAAGGGAAUGGUCAUACACUGGUGGAAGGGAAGGAAUAGAAAUUUUCCAGGGUCCAAACAAUGUGCACGCAAAUUGAGCAAAUGCCACGCAAUGGUGUUCGAACAAAACAAGAUUAGAAAUGAAACGCACGCUGCUUACGGUGGCACAAAAGUUUCAUUCUGUUGUUGAGAUUUUUUGUUUUGCAACAAAAAAAAAUGUUAAGAAUUACACGUAGAUUUUCGAUGAUUCUCUAUGAAAAGCCGGGCAGCAGAUCAGAGUUUCAACUUAUUCCAUUGCCAUUUUAAUUCAAAUCUAUUCAUCGUGCUUUGUGCGUAAAGGAAAACAAAAAUGCUUCAAAAAAGCACAACUUCUUGCCCAGUUAGAAAUACAUUCGUAUGCGUGCGUGUUUGUGCGUGUAGUGUGCGCGUAUGUAUGUCGUAUAUAAUAGAUGUUAUAAGUACUUUUAUAUUUAUUAUAAUUUUAUCCACUUUUAACCACACUUUUUCCCAUCCGCGCGACCUCUUGCCACACAACAGAGCUUUACACUUUACGGUAAUGAAACGAUAAAUAGUGUAUAAAGCAAAAAAAUGGCCGUUCUUUGUUUUGUUGUGUGCACGUACCGUUUGGUUUAGGAGCAGCAUCCAUUGUGUUUUAUUGCCAUCAAGUGUUUCAAAACACGUAUGCCACCAAACCCGUGCACCAACCAAUCCAGCUUUCCUAGGUUUUAAAGCGUAAGAUAAAAGAGCUUUUAAUGCACGGCGGAAGCUGCAUUCUCCAUUUGCGUUUACCUUCUUUUAAUCCCCUGUGCACACACAUACAGAGACAGGUGCACACAUACACACACACAUACAGCAUACAUGUAUAGAUUCGGUUCACAGAUGGAUUUCGCACAGUGCACUGUGCAUUUGCACUGUUUCAUUUAAAUAACAUCCACCAUCCAUGGCCAUGGCAGGCAGGGGUUUGGCCUUCAAAAGGAAUGAGGUAAACGAUUUUAAAUACUGAAAAAAGAACGAAUAAGUACGUGCGUGUGUGUGUGCGUGUGUGAGUAUGUAUCGUAUUUGUUUGCCCGUUAAGCAUUAAGUAUAGUUUAAAACAAAACCGACGCAAUAUAAGAGAUAACUGUAGAUUUCAUACUAAAGCUUAAGCGAAAAUUUAAGGUUUAAGUUUUUGCCAGUGGUUAAAAGAGAUUAGGCCGUGUUGCGGAUGUGUAUGUAUUCUAAACAGAUUUAAAAACUUCUGCAAUGUGUGUGUGUUUAUGUUACACUUUUACUUUGAUUCGUUUCGUAAUUCGAAAGGAUGCACAUUUAAUGUUGAUCAACCGGUUUCGUAGUACGCAAAUAAAAGCGUCCCUUUUUAUUUUCUUUAAGAAGCAAGCGCAAAAAGAAACGAAAAGCGCAACUUCGCCGUUGGUUUUUAAGUUAAGCUGUUAAUAUGUAAUGUAAUAAGUAAUAAGUGGUUCGUUUUUAGUGCGUAAUUUUAGAAGCAAGAUAAAAAGAAGAGCAGGUUAGAGCAGCAUCCAACAACCAAUUACACCAGCAACAGCGUAUCAGCGUUGAACGAAACUUAAACCACCUUGUCUGUGUACUACCAUGCGAGGCAUGUUGGCCUUGUUCUCUUUAAAGUGUACACUUCUGUAUGUGUGUGGGUGUGUAUGUAUGUAUGUGCCUAUUUUUUUUGUGUGUUCCACUUUUUCAGCAGUCGAAUCAACCUGUUGAUGGAAGGAAAUUGUUUUUCUUUUAAAAUGAUUUACUUUCCUCUUUGCGGAAAACGGUUUCAAAGUCUUAAAUCUGUUUUUCUCUUUUUUAAUACUUUAUUUCAUUAUGUUUGUUUUUAAUGUUUUGUUUGGCACGAUUAAAUACAUAUCAAACAUGUAUUUUUUAAACACUUAUCAGUUUUUUACAUGUUUUUUUUAAUAUUUUAUGGAUCCAUUUGUUUACCCCCAAAAAACCCCAAAACUGAACUAUAAAACACAUGUCGAAAUCCGCUAAUGUAAAAGCUAUAUCAUGUAAAUGAAACACCAAAAAUCCUUUAAUAGAAAAAGCUAGCAAAGGAACCAAACGAAAAAUAUCAAAAUUAUGAUUACGAAAAAGAAAAACGAAAAACAGGAUGUAAAAAGUUUACCUUUUUUUCUGUUGCCCAUGUACUGUGGUGCAUCAGGUAGAAAAUGUGAUCCUCCUGAAUGGAAGGAUUUCUGAUGAUUUUUUUUUUCAAAAUGUGCAGUCAUUUGAAGUACUCGUGCCCCAGAACAUGGAGAAACUACACUUUUUUUCGCAAACAAAAUAGUGAAAACAAAAAUAAAAAAAAGAACGACAGUAAGGAUAAGCAAACUAUAGUAAAUAGGCGGCAAACAAACAAACAAACAUCCAUAAAACUGCUAACGAACCGUUGCCUCAGCAAAGUUAUUCGGGUUUCGAAAGGUCCACGCGCGGUGUUUUACCGGUGUACGGUUCAUCAUCGUCAGGCUGUAGUGUUGCUGCUGCUGCUGCUACUAUCGCUGCUGCAUUGCUUCUUGCAAUGUUCACUGACGAUGAUGAACUGACGAUAGCAGGGGGGCCCCAUUAUAAAUCGUAGUUAAUCCACAAAUUCAAAUACAAACCGGCUUUCGCUUUGAAUUCGUGUACUUGCGCAGUGAAAAGCCAUGCAAAAAGAUGCACCGAAACAAAAAAAGGAAACAAACAAAAUAGUUGUUGAACGUUGAAAGUUUAAGACAAUACUUUUACACACGAAACAAAAUGCUGGAAAACAGUAAAAAAAAGCACACACAGACGAAUGUUAUACUCUAAUCCACUGAACGGAACUGUACCGAAGCGCGUGAAGCUUAGUAGUUUUGUUUUAGUUUAUUAUUUGGUUUACCUUUCCACUUUUCUGCUAUUCUAAUGACCGGGAAUCAGCGUUAAUGAAAGCAGCAACAAGGCAAAAUCAAAAAACGGUUUUUCUAAGAGAAUCGGCCACCCGCUCACGAGUACCUUAGGUGCGAGAGCAGAUUAGUAUAUGAAGUGUUUGAUGUUUCUUAUUUCUGUUCAGCGCAACACCGCAUUAAAAGAUGAAUAUAUUUACGCAAAAUAUACACACUCACACUAUACUAUAUACACAGUAGCAAAAUGAUAUUCUUGCUAUCUUUUUACACACCCACACACAACCCACACACAAUUUCACCUUUUACUUCAUCUUUUUUACAUUUCGCAACACAAAAAAGGAAUAAUAGAAAAGUAAAACGAGUUCAAAACUCAACACUCAAUCGAACAGCACAUUCAGCAAACAAUUCUAAAUAAGUAAAUAAUGAAAAACAAAACAUAUAAGAGGUACAUAACGAAUGGAACAUCGUUUUAAAAGCAAGUUGAAAACAAGAGAAAGUGAUUAGAGACAAAAGACGGGAAAACAAUAUAUAUGAAGAGAAAGAUAUAAGAAAGUUAAAAGCAAACAAACAAAAAACAAGUGGAAGAGAACAAUCUAAAAGAGCUUAAAACAUAUUGUAAUACAUACAUUCACAACACGUACAGAUAUACCAAAACGAAUGGAAUCGGCAUUUAAAGACAGUACAGUACGAGAUAGCAAAAUAGCGAUAUAUGGAGAAAGCAUUACAACAUAUAAACGCAAAAAAAAUUAAACCGAUAAAAGAGAAAUGAAACAGACGAAUAUAUAGCUAUGAUAUAAAUAAGUAAACCCGAACAGAAAACCGCCCUAAAUUAAACUUUGUUAAAGUUAUAUGAGUUUAGAAACGUCGAAGAACGAGAUAACUAGAGGGCUAGAGAAGGAAUUGAAAUAGAAGGUGCCUGCAUGCUUGAAUUUGAACAUAUGGGUCAUCAAAUCGGCAUAAUGAUUCGUCUGGGUAAUUAAUACUUUCGUAGCAGCUUUUGUUUUGUUGCUAGCAUUUUCCUUUAACGUGUGAAAAGCUAUCUUUAGCAAAUGGAAAAGGGAAUAUUUUCAAAAACUUAAUAAGCCGGGAAUGGAAUACAAAACCCUUCCCAGCAUGUUUGAAGUGAUAGAAAAAAGGUUACAAAAAUAUUGGAAUUGAAGGGACAAAAAAGCAAAAGAAUUGAUUACCUUUGAUGCAAAGCAAAGUGCUAUUUGUUUGAAUUGUAUAAAAGCUAAUGAAAGAAUAUAGUAAGAGCAGGAAAAGUAAAGCGAGGGAAUGAAAAGCGUGUGUAAAAAUACAUGUAUAAAACAACAACAAACAAAACAGAACGAAACAAUACAGUUCGUCUGAAUGGAUGAUUGUAGUUUAAUUAUUUGCCAACAAUGAAAACAAAACGAAGUGAAAAGCUGUCGUUGCCUUCUCCCGUUUAAUGUAUUUUAUUCCAACUUUAUGUUUGUCAUUAAGCAUUCCUCUUUUAUAUGUACUUACCUUAGGUUUAGUUUAAGUAGAAGAAUUUACAUUAGCUAAUCGUGUGGCUAAUUAGAAGGAAAAUUCGGAGGGGGAAAUCAUUUCAUGCUUGUGCUUGUGUAUUCCCCCACCCAUUUCUGUAGAGUUUUAUAUUAGUUUUGUUUUAAUUUCGCUUGCCUUUUGCUUUACAAAUCAUCUGAAAGUUCGAUUUAUGUACUAUGAAGCAAUUUUUUGUGUUUGCAAUACUUACAAAGAACCAGUGGAGACGGAGAAAGGAAGAAAGAAAAUAAAUGGAAAAUAUAAAUUGUUGAAA